AUGAAGGUCUGGUUGUUGAUGGGGAUGAUGGUCUUUCUUUGCACCAUCCGAGCCGCGGCUUAUGAUACAGACCAUUGCAACCCAGAACAGGUAGUAGGGGACUGGCACAUCCUGGCCUUUGCCACGGACUGCAAGGUGCUGAUGAAGUACCUGGACAACAUGGAGAUGAUGGUGGCCAGCAUUGACCGCCAGGAGGACGGCCAUUUCAAGAUCACCUCCUCCGUCCCGACACCCUUUGGCUGUCUGAAAAUGGAAGAGGUCCUCAUCCAAAAUGAAGACGGGACCAUCGUCCACAAAUCUGUUUUGACGUGCCGUAAAUUUGGGAUGGUUUCCCUCUUCUUUUUGUUGUUGUUGUUCUUGUUUUCUUCAGCUUUAGGAGAGGAAAGUGUGGCCGUGACGCACACCGAUUGCGAGACAUACAACAUUGUCACCAUCUCUAGGGCCAAGGACCAGCAGAACGGCAGCAAAUACAUUACUCUUUAUGCCAGGGAGCGCCAGGUUCCAGAAGAGAUUGAGAAGAUGUUCAGAGACUACGUCCAUGAUCUGGGCUUCCAGGAUGAAAACAUGAGGUUCUUCGAAAAGGAAGUGAAUUGCAUUAAGGAGUAGAAUGCUCCUCAGAGGCACCUGAUCUGCGAAUAUGGAGGAACGGAUGCCAGGUGUCCCUCUUCCAUACCCUCCAACUAUCCUGGCUUUUGCAGCUGCAUUGGAAAUGUUUCCUCUUCCCACUUUCCCCCUUCAUCCUCAAUUUACUCCAGUUGCAGCAACCUGAGUCCCAAGUGCAAAAGUUGCUUGCACUUCAUUAAUUCCAUUGAAAGAGGAGAGGAGGAGGAGGAGGCAGAGGCUGGUCCUUCCCAGUUGGCCCAGGCAAAAGCUAACUGGCAUCCUGGCUUUGGUCGAAUGCUGGCGUUGCUUGGGCACACAUGCCCCAGUUCUCACCUUUGAAAGGUUGGCGGGUUUGUUCUUCUCACCAAGCAAGGAAGGACAAGACCUGGGUUGUAGAGUGAGAUACCUGGUACUGUUGCAUAAGGAAAGCGAUUGUAGUUGUCCUCCUUUAUGGCCGCAUCUCAAGGGACGCCUUGUCCUUGUGUGUGUUCCUUGCAUUAGCUCUACCUGCCUUGCUUUACACAAGAGGGCCUUUUGGGGUUGACCGCAGGCCAAAUGCCCAUUGGGUCCAGAG